GGUCCUCUUUUCUUGUUUUGUUUUUCAUCAUCUUCUUUGUAUAUCUUUUUUGUGGUGUUCUGUUCAACACCAGGGUUUUCUUCCCAUACAACAAAUUCUUUUUCUAAUCCACCCCUUCACUCCACUUAAUAUUUAAUCAUAUAAUAAUAUCUACUGUAUAUCUAUAUCUGUUAAAAUCGGUGUGAAUGGAUCGAUUCUAUAUGAUUUCUUCAAUCACUCAGCUCCGUAAAGGAUUUGGAUAACACAAUCUCUAGAGUUGGUUAAUACAAUCUGCAACUUGCAGAUUCCCUUGUAGAGUUUGAUUAUAUUCCCGUAGGUUUUCACUAUUCCCGUAGGUUUUCACUAGUUUUCUGUCUUUGAAUAAGAAUGAGUCUGUCAAAUAAAGGAUCUUCUUCCGUUGAACCAAAGCUUAAUGCAGCAGGCAAGGCAAUACGUUUAAAUCCAGAUGCAGCAGAAUUUGUUCCAUUUGCUUUAAGGUCACCUUCUAAAACUGUUAGUGCUCCUGAUGCAUCUUCAAGCUUUGGUAAUUUUGGUGUUGUGUCACCAGGGAAAGCAGUUAUAGAUAGAUCAGAGUCAUUUGUGUCAAAUAAUUCAGAUGAUGAGGCACACCAAUAUUGGCGUCACCAGCUUCCUGAUGAUAUCACUCCCGACUUUAAUGUUCCGGGAGACGAAGAUACUUUAGGAAUCAACACAAUUCCUUUUUCGAGUUUGUCUUUGGCAGAUGUUAAUAAAACAUCAAGGCCCACUGCCCCUGCAGGAAGUGGUUUUAUGUUUAAGGAUCAGCGGGAAUCAUCUCCUCAUCUAACAAAUGGCAGUAGCUUUUCUAAGAAGAUAGGAUAUCCCAUUUCAUCAUUUGGUGAAAAUCUUUCAUCCGCUAAUUUUCAACAGCUCCCUGCUAAACCAUGGGAUAUGCAUGGUGAUCAGCUCGUCACCGGUAUUAGAGAUGGGCCUUCCUACAAUGGCGAUUCUGGGCAUGGUUACUUAGAUGCCAUACUUAAUGAGCAACAGAUGGAGAGUACAGAAGUAAACCCUCUUGAAUUUCUGGCUUCCCAGUUUGCUGGUUUUGCAGCAGAAAGUCUUGCGGAUGUUUAUUUUGCAAAUGGAGGAGACCUGAAUUUGACAAUUGAGAUGCUUACGCAGCUUGAGCUUCAAGUUGAUGGUGGUGGUUUUAAUCAGAGUCAGAAUCAGAACCUAAACUCCAAAGUUGUUUCUGCGCCAAAUCUCAGUGCUUUGGAUUUUCCUGCAUUAUCUCCUGUAGAUCGGCAAAAUGGUGAUAAUCACCAACAGCAGCUCAAUCCUUAUCGUCCAUUGGAGAAAGAAAACUUGCUGAUGUUCAAAACAUCCUCCACCGCUCCAUCUGGCGGUGCUACAGAUUUUGCAUCUGCUGUUAGAAAAAUGGCUUCACUGGACUCGAGCAUAUGGAAAUAUAAUAGAAACCCUUCUCAAGACACUACCAUUGGAUCAAGUAGAAGUUCUCAUGUCUUGGCCAGCUCCUAUAAUGGUGCACACGCAAGGGUGAACUAUGGUGAUAGAUUGGCUGGUAGGAAUUCAAGUCGUUCAGCUCCCGUCUGGCUUGAAACUGGAGAUGCUGUCGCAAAUAUGUAUUCAGAGAUGCGUGGUGAGGCUCGUGAUCAUGCACGUCUACGCAAUGCAUAUUUUGAACAGGCACGGCAGGCUUACCUUGUUGGAUACAAGGCUUUAGCUAAGGAACUAAGCGUUAAGGGGCAACUGCACAACAUGCAAAUGAAGGCUGCUCAUGGAAAAGCUCAAGAAUCUAUAUAUCGCCAGAGGAAUCCGGUGAGCCCAAGCAUGCAGAGUAAUGGAAGAGGCGGACAUGAAAGGUUAAUAGACCUCCAUGGGCUACAUGUGAGUGAGGCCAUUCAUGUCCUAAAACAAGAUCUUGCUAUGCUGAGGAAUGUUGCCAGGUCAGCAGAUCAGCAUCUACAGGUGUACAUAUGUGUUGGAACGGGACAUCAUACUAGAGGUACCCGUACUCCAGCUAGACUUCCUGUUGCUGUCCAGAGAUACUUGCUGGAAGAGGAGGGCCUCGACUACUCUGAACCCCAGCCUGGGCUCCUCCGAGUUGUGUUACAUUGAAGAAAAUCAUAUCAAAACACCCAGGUAUAGGAGUUCUUUUUGACACAAUAAAAAUGAAAAAAAGGAAAAGCUUUAACCCCAAGAAAAUCGAAAAAGAAAGUGUAAGAUCGAUGUUCAUGUGCUUGUAUAUGGGAAGAGAGAUUAGUCUGUAGACCAGAAAAUAAACCAAAAAAAGAGGGGAAAACAGAAAAGCCAAAGAAUCAAAGAUGUAUCUGUGUAUCAUUAAGGUGUAGCCAUCCAACAGCAGAAUUACCUUUUGGUAGGGAGGAUUCGGUCUUAAUUUUUUGUUAACUGUAUCGUAAUUUUUUUGUUACACAUUUUUCAGGUGUAAUGUAUGUUGGAUAGAGUUGUUUUAUAUGAUAGCAUUUGCAAAAUUUAAAAAUUUUACAUUCA